AUGGCAAAUGCCAGGCCCUUCAUUAUGGUUUAUAGCCAAGAUAUAUUACGAUACUCUUACAAUGGAUUUUGGAUCUUAACAGAUCUGUAUGUGUUUGUGAUGGAACCAGAAUAUCUACAAAUUAUUCUCAACUCUCUGCAGUGUCUAAACCGCGGAAAUAUUUACGAUUUUGGCAAAUACUUUGGGGAAAAUGGAAUUGGCAUUGUUAAAAGUAAUCUUGGCUAUGAAACCUCAGCAAUUGUCACUGUAAUUUUCAUCGUUAUGUUGGCAAUAUUUCCUGAACAUCAGGAAAGAAUCUAUGAUGAAAUUAAAUCCACAUUUACGAGUUUGCAAGAUAACUUUGAGUAUGAGGAUUUCAACAAAUGCGAAUUUUUGGACAGAUUUAUUAAGGAAAUUUUACGGCUAUUUCCUCCUGUUCCUCUUAUGGUCAGAAGUAUUCAACAAACUAUAAAAAUAGGACAAUACUCCAUCCCGCCUGGAACGCAAAUAUUGAUAUCUUUAAUUUCGCUGCACAGGGAGAAGAAUAUUUGGGGUCCAACCGCCGAUGAUUUCGAUCCAGAUCGUUUUCUUCCCGAAAAUAUGAAGAAAAUGCAUCCUUACGCUUAUUUACCCUUUGGUGGAGGACCUAGGAAUUGUAUUGGAAUGAAAUAUGCUAAUGUAUUCCUCAAAAUGUUCCUCAUCCAAAUGGGCUAUGAAACUACAACUGUAACAGCUUAUUCUUGUAUCUUGGCAUUGGCAAUGUUUCCUGAACAUCAAGAAAUGAUUUUUGAGGAAAUUACGAAAACAUUGCCGAAUAUGCAGGACUACGUAGAGCGGACCGAAGAUUUGCAUGGGGAUCAAAUACGCAAAUACGUUCCUUAA